UAUCUCACUAAUACAAGACAUUAAAAUUAAAUGCUUUUUAAUACUAUAUUCCAAUUUUAAGUGAACAUAACUUCAACUUCAAAAAUCAAAACCUAAAACUAUAGAAAGAGAAGCAAGAAAAAGAUAAGGUUUAAGGGACUUGAAGCUUCUUUAAACUUCUCCAGACUUGUUGACUUGAACCAUGCACACUCCACAAACACUUCAUUCAAUUCAAUUCCAAAAAUGGCAACACUUUCUCCAUUUCCUCACACUCCCUCUCCUUUCAAAACCCCCAAUUCCAAAAAACUCAAAACCACUUCCUUCAACUUCAAAUUAUUCUCAUCUCUCAAAGACGAAAACAAUAACAACAACGGUGAUGCUGGAAGAGAAACAAACGAGUAUGAAGCGUUCGCGAACUAUCUGAGGAAUCCAUCACUUAAAACAUCACUUAAAUCACUUAAAGCAUCACUUAAAGCAUCAAUCAAGCGGAAUAAGAUGUUAAAUGAUAGAAUGUUAAAGGAGCUUGAUGAAGAUUUCAACAAGUAUCCAAUUCUUGCUAAUUUUGACAACGAUACUCGUCGAAUGUUGGUUAGGAAAAAAGAAAGGCUACAAAAAGCUGAAGAAACUUUCACAGAUCUUGAUCUCAAUAAGUUGAAUAGUUGCUUUGGUUUUGACACGUUUUUUGUGACGGAUAUUCCAAGAUAUGACGACGGAGGGAUUUUCUAUGGGAAUUUAAAGGGACCAAUUGAUGAAGUGAUUCCCAAGUUAGAGAAGAAACUCUCUGAUGCAGCUGGUAGAGAAGUUGUUUUAUGGUUUUAUCAAGAAGAAGAACAACAACAACAAGAAGAAGAAGAGGAAGAAUAUAACAUUACUAGACAGGUUUGUGUGGUGCAACCAAAAGAACAACUGGAUCUCCAAUUUGAAUCAAAUAAUCUGAGCAAUCCCUUUGGCUAUCUAAGUUCAAUUGCAUUAGCAGUUACUACUUUUGGAACAGUUGCUUCGAUGAGUGGCUCUUUCCUUACACCUAAUGCUACUUUUGGUGAUUAUCUUGCUAGUGUUGUGCCUUUAUUUGGUGGUUUCUUGUUUAUUCUCGGAGUUUCCGAGAUAGCCACCAGAGUAACUGCAGCGCGUUAUGGUGUUAAGCUCAGUCCUUCGUUCUUGGUGCCGUCAAUUUGGACAGGUUGCUUUGGAGUGAUGAAUAACUAUGAAUCUCUUCUCCCAAAUAAGAAAGCUCUUUUCGAUAUUUCUGUAGCGCGUACUGCUAGUGCAUAUUUGACUUCAUUGGCACUUGCUGUUGCUGCAUUUGUGGCUCAUGGAAGCUUUAAUGGUGGAGACAAUGCAUUGUACAUAAGGCCUGAAUUUUUCGAUAACAACCCUUUGCUUUCAUUUAUUCAAUUAGUUAUCGGGCCUUACACGGACGACCUAGGAGUUGUGUUGCCCUAUGCUGUCGAAGGUGUUGGAGUUCCUGUUGAUCCACUUGCUUUUGCUGGACUUUUAGGGAUGGUGGUGACUUCUUUGAACUUGUUGCCAUGGUGGCAACUCGAAGGAGGGCGAAUAGUGCAAGCCAUGUUCGGAAGAAGCACUGCUUCACGGUUAUAUUUUGGUUCAGUAUUAUUGCUUGGUAUUGGUGUCCUACGCGGGGGUGAUUUGUGUUUGGCAUGGGGAUUAUUUGCAAUCUCCUUUAGGGGAGGAGAAGAAAUACCUGCAAAAGAUGAGAUCACACCUCUAGGGGAAAGUAGAUAUACUUGGGGUGUUUUUUUCGGUCUAAUCUGUAUUCUCACCCUUUUUCCAAAUAUUGGAGGGACUUUCUCCAAUUCAUUUCUAAGUGAUCCAUUUUUUAGGGGAUAAAAUGUAAAUGUGUUGUAUAUUUGUAGAUGUAUGUAAUUAUGUGUAUAUAUUUAUACUUCUCACAACUAGAUAGAGUUGGGUUCCUUGUACUGUCUACUAAUGUAAUCAGCAACUUGGAUUCAA